AUGCCCAAUAAAGUGGAGUUGUCCAGAAAUCAAGCACGCGAAGCCAACGAACCAAUAGAACACUAUGACUAUGUUAUCAUAGGCACUGGACUGGCUGAAACAGCCCUGAGUAGUAUUCUAGCCACCAAUCCAAACAUCAAAGUUCUCCACAUAGACACAAAUUCAACGUAUGGAAACGAGUUCUCUACCUAUAAUUAUACUCAACUUUUAAAUCAUUUUCAGUGCAAGACUAGUAAGUGCACUGGCAGUAACGAGGUAAUAGACAUCUUGGAGUCGGAUAGUAUUCAAGUGUUUGAUAGCAAGUGUACACUGGAUAACAGAUCUUUUAACAUAGAUCUUACCCCAAAGCUUCUUCUGCAAGACUCGCCUAUGAAAGAUUUCCUUCUGAACAAUAAAAUACAUGAUAUUGUGUUGUUCACGUCAAUAAAAGGCUCGUAUCUCUACACUGACAAACUGCAUUCAAUUCCAACAAACGAGAUGCAAUCAUUAAGGAGCUCUGUAGUGGGAUUCAGGCAGAAGUGCCGGGUAGUCAAGUUCUUUUGGAAUGUUAGACAUUACUAUGAGAGUAAGGCGAUGGACUCAAAGAAGACUAUGUUGGAAGAAUUCCAAUCCUUUGGCCUCAAUGAAGACUCUAUCGACUUCAUUGGCCAUGCUGUUGCCCUGAACCUCGAUGAUAAAUAUCUGGAAGAAUCUCCCAAAAAGACCUAUGAAAGAAUUGUGCGGUACGUAUCCUCAAUAGUCAGCUACGAAGACACAGAGAGUCCUUACAUAUACCCUCUAUACGGGUUAAGUGAGUUAUGCCAGGCAUUUGCUAGAAAGGCUGCUCUUUGUGGUACCACCUUUAUGUUAAAUGCGCAAAUAUUGGAGAUUGAGGACAAAAAAUUAACGAUUUUAGAUCCUAACGGGGAUAGACAUGUAGUCAAAGCAGACAAGAUUAUUUCAGAUCCUAAGUACUGGCCUGGAUCGAUUGUUCAAAGAGAGAUAAUCAGAUGUAUAAUGGUGCUGAGAAAAGGUAGUCUAGAGUCAAGGAAUAUCAUAUUUUUAAAGAGGAAUUUGAAAAGACAAAACGACAUAUUUUGUGUUGUGUUGGGCGAGCAAGAGUGUGCCAGUCCAGCGGAAUAUGAGAUUGGCAUUCUUUCAACAGUCAGAGAAAGCGACCGAAGCCCCGAAGAAGAGAUAGAGCCAGUGUUGAAAAAAUUUAAUAUUCUCAGAUAUUUUGUUGAGGUUAGAAAACUCUAUUCAAAUGUGGACCAGGAAAAUGUAUACUUUACUAGAAAUGUGGAUGAAUCGGCGCUACUGGACAAUAUUUACGAUGAUAUAGUAGAAAUAUGCGGAAAAUUGAAAGUAGCAAUGCCCACAGGCAAUGCAGAAAUUGAUAUAAAUAAAGAUUAA